AGUUGUUGGCUCAAGCCGCUGCGCUCCAGACGAAGUCUCUCUGCUGGAGACUCCGCCCCUGCAGCCCGGCCAUGACCUCGGCGGCGAUGGCGAGUCUACGAUCGCCGCCAGUGGCGGGGGCGCAGCCACUGGCACCAGGGCUGGCCCAGCGGGGCCGCGUCCGGCGCCCGUCUGCUGGCAGAAGGCCGACGGUGGAGCGGAUGGCGGCCCGCCUGACGCCGCUGGCUUGCCCUGCCUGGCCCGUCAGCAGGGGCACCGCGGCUCUCGUGUUGCUGGGCUGCGCGAGGAUGAGGAGAUGCAGACGCCGUGUCUGGGAGAACGUGGACGCCGCGGUUGCCGAGUCGGCCUCCCAGGGCGUUGGCGUUGGAGAGGGCAGCUUUUUCUCGGAGCAUCGGGAAGGGGCGUACAAGGCAUGGACUCGGCAUUCAUCCCCGGUGCGCUACGGCAGCAAUUUGACGUCUGCCGCUGUGUCGGCCACAACCCGCCGUGUGGCGCCCAUCGUCUUACUGCUCUGCGUGUUCUCUGUCCUCCUGAACGAAUAUAACUCUCUGGCCACAAAAGAUCCUACGCUCCCAGAGUUGGUGUUGCCCAUGAACCCGUUCGACCUUACCGCGCCGCUGGUCGGCUUGCUCUUAGUCUUCCGUACGGAGAGCUCUUAUGCUCGGUAUAAAGCUGGCGGUGAGUUGGUUCAGCAGUUGACGUCGCGGAUGCGGGGGGUUGCGUGCAGGCUUUUGACUUGGAGUUACAGGUCGGUGCCGUGUGUGACCGAGGAGGUAGACGAGACGUCCAACAUGUUGGCGCUUUACCACCAGUGGAUCUUUGCUUCAUACUUGCAGCCUAACGGCGUUCGGGCCACAGCAACUUCUGAGGUUUUUCAAAAUGCAUUCGGACUUCCCAUCGGCACAGGGCGGCCGUUGACUCCAGCAAUUGCGGAGCUUGCUGUAGUUGAGCAGCUCUAUAGCAUGACGACCCUCAACGAUCUGCAGAAGAAUCGCCUGGACGAGGAACUCUCCCAAGUGUCCGACACCCUUUCCAAGUGUGAGUACCUCAUCCGCACCCCGAUCCCUUUGGGAUACACCCGAGCGACGACUCGCUUCCUCUUCUUGUGGUUGACACUGCUGCCGUUUGCUUUGGUUCGUAGUUUCUCGAGCUUUGGUGAGGGGUCCUGGUGGGACGGAAAGGCUCAGGUAGUCGUGCCAGCAGCCAUGUUCUUCAUCUCGUUUAUGUUUCUAAGUCUCGAGGACGUCGCUGCGCAGAUUGAGGAGCCCUUCAGAGCCCAGAGGGCGCAGCUAGAGAUGUUGUCAGCCGAGUUUGUAGAGGACGUUCAGGGCAUGAAGAAGUCUCUCAUGCUCUCCGCCAGUGAGGGUCCGGGAGCUGCUCUGCCAAAUCGAAUGACGACCAGACAGCCGAGAACGAUACGCAAUGAAGAGAAUUAUUUGAGCCGUUAGAUCUGCAUAUGAUGCCCAAUGUUCGCAAUCGGUUUCCUUCAUUGUACUGUUGAAGCUCUACUCAGUCUUCAACUUCAUUUCGACUUCAGCUCGUGCUGGAUGUCCGACGCCCAAAAAAAGAAACGGCACCCACAAAGUCUGGGAGAGCCCAACGACGGCCCAAGAUGGCUCCAGGACGCCCCAAAAAUCAGUGCAAGUCGUGGCCCUUGUCGUUGAGGGAUACUGUGGUUGGCAGCGAGGGGGGUCCAACAUGUCCCUUGCGUGGGUCCCCCAAGACACCAUAGUCCAAGGCAACUGCAUCUAGCUGCUGCGUUAGAGCCGUUGCCCAGUUAUUACCUGAACAGGCAACGGCCCAAGGGGUAACAUAAUUAAAGAUAAUCGUGGCAAAUCCCGAAGGAAACCAAGCCAGAGAGCAAGUUGAAGAUGAAUGUGAAGAUCAACUCCAGUCCUUGCCAGAGGAAUAGAAGAAGCAGAUGUUGAUGAUGAUCAGCGUCUUUGCCUGGUGAUGAUGGUCCCCCCUCCGCCUCUUACUCCUCUUCCUGCUCUGCUCUACCUCCGACUUCCCUGGGGUAGCAGCGGCGCCGCCACCUUUGGUCCCUCCUCUGGGGCGCCGUUCUCCCCCCCCCCCACGAGGGGGACGGCGUAAGGAGAUCCAACGCUAGUUUGGCACCCGGAGCGCCUGGAAUGCGCAGCCCGAGAGUGCCUCGCCUUGUCGCGCCGCGCCGCAACCACUGCCGCGCCGCGCCGCGCUUUUUUGAUGGGCCAACUUUCCACCACCACCACCACUAC